AUGUCUGAUUUAGGAGAUCAUGCUAUACUUGUCACUGUAUGCCUAGCAACCAUCGUUUUGUUCUUAGCCAUCUUUGCAAAGACCCGUGCAAAGGGUCGACGACCACCGAGCCCUCCAGCCCUACCAAUCAUUGGACAUCUCCACCUUCUUCGCCCUAUACCUCACCAAGGUCUUCACAAGAUCUCCACCCGCUAUGGACCAAUAGUAUCCUUCUACCUUGGCUCAAAACAUUGCGUCCUUGUUUCCACCCCGGACAUAGCAGAAGAAUUCCUGAAAACUAAUGAAGCUUCUUACUUAGACCGCCCUAAAAUGGCCAACUUCGAUUACCUUACCUACGGCACAUCCGAUUUUUCCACGGCACCUUAUGGACCACGUUGGAAGUUGAUGAAGAAGCUUUGCAUGUCCGAACUUCUGGGGCCCCGGACACUGGAGAAGCUCCUUCCAAUUAGGCGUGAAGAGAUAAGGUCCUUCCUGAAAAUGACCAAAAAGAAAGCUGAAAAAGGAGAGCCUAUUGAUGUUGUAGCGGAACUUAUGACCUUGACAAAUAACACAAUAUCCAGAAUGAUGGUCAGCUAUCGAUGUUCUGGUGAUGAGAACAAAGCUGACGAAAUAAGGAAGAUGAUGAGAGAGAUGAACGGGCUAGGCACAAAGUUCAAUUUGGCAGAUGUUAUUUGGUUUUGUAAGAACUUGGACUUGCAGGGUUUCAGGAAAAGACUAGUAGAAGUUCGCGACCGUUAUGAUACUAUGAUGGAGAGGAUCAUAAAAGAGCAUGAAGAAGAGAGGAGGAAGAGGAAAGAAAUGGGGAACGAAAGUGAUACAGUGAAAGACUUACUUGAUAUUUUGCUUGAUAUUUAUGAAGACGAGAGCGCAGAGGUCAGAUUGACCAGGGAAAACAUAAAGGCCUUCAUUUUGAAUUUAUUUGGGGCUGGCACAGACACAUCUUCCACAACUAUGGGAUGGGGACUGGCAGAGCUAAUCAACAACCCAAAUGUUAUGGAGAAAGCAAGACAAGAGAUUGAUUCUGUGGUUGGAAAGAAGAGAAUAUUAGAGGAAUCAGAUGUUGCCAACCUGCCUUACCUCCAAGCAGUAGUAAAAGAAACACUUAGGCUUCAUCCAAGUGGCCCAUUCAUUGUAAGAGAGUCAACUAAAGCCUGUGUUAUUGCUGGUUAUGAAAUCCCAGCAGAUACCCGUCUCUAUGUUAAUGUAUGGUCACUUGGAAGGAACACAAAGCAGUGGAAAAACCACCUAGAGUUCAGGCCAGAGAGGUUUCUUAACAGCGAAGAGUGGCAAGGGAAGAGCCAGUGGUUGGAUGUUAUGGGACAGGAUUUUAAUCUUUUGCCAUUUGGGAGUGGAAGAAGAAGCUGUCCUGGAGCUUCACUAGCACUAAGCAUUGUCUCAACUGUCCUUGGUUGUAUGAUACAGUGCUUUGAAUGGAAGCUAGGGAAUGGAGGAAAUGGUAGAGCUGACAUGGAAGAGACGGAUGGAAUGACUCUUCUUAGGGCUAAUGACUUGCUUUGUUUCCCUGUGGCCAGUCUCAGUCCAUUUCCAUCUGUUGAAGAAUAA